AUGACUUUGAUAGAAGACCGGCUUAACCAGCUCGGUUACACGCUGCCCCAACCACCCGAACCGGCAGGAAACUAUUUGCCCGCUAAUAUGAGCGGCAAUCAAUUGUGGUUGGCUGGGGUCGGAGCACGCAUGGCCGACGGUUCCAGAAUUGCAGGCAAGCUAGGAGCUGACUUGACAAUAGAGCAGGGCUACGAAGCCGCCCGCUGGUGUGCCCUGAACCUCUUGGCCAGGAUAAAGGCCGAAUUAGGGAACCUUGACCGAGUCGAGAGGUUCAUAAAAGUCGUGGGCUUCAUCAAUAGCUCUGCGGAUUUCGAGGGCCAAGCCAAGGUGCUGGACGGUGCAUCCGACCUGUUUGUAGAACUGUACGGUGAAUCUGGAAUGCACAGCCGAUCUGCUCCCGGAAUGGCCGCGCUGCCCGGCAACAUCGCCGUAAUCGUUGAAUGCGUUGUUGAAGUUAAGGAGGCGUAA